AUUUGCAUUCUCCUUCGUAAGCACGCCACCACCAUCGCGUUAUAUGUGCUUCCAGUCUUCAGUGGGACACCCUCCAGUCACUCCCACACCCCUUAGUCCGUCCUAUAUGAGAGGGAGCAACCUACCGCCGCCGCCCGGCGCUGUUCAAACGUGGGAAGGACACAGAGAGGGACGCACGCACGCACGCACGCAAGCAAGCACGCCACGGCUGCCGUUGUCUGCGCGGUUGUAUUGUUAAAUGUACGGCUCUGCUCGACUGUCGACACAUACUACCUUCGUGCUGCUGGAGCCAGAGGCUGCGAGUCUUCAGGAGCUGAGGCGCCGGCGUUUGAGAGGACAUUAAAGUGAGAGAGCAACUGGUCAUCCAAAGACGAGUGCAAGCCGUUGGACACAUCUGUGUUCAAGACCUUAGGAGGAGGGAAUGAAACCGGAUGGGGUUACCAUGGAAACCACGGAGCCCACUGAAGCCGCAGCAAUAGCAGAACCCUCCCUGUUGCAGGACAACAUAACGGAGCAGGCGUCAUCUCAACCAGAGGAAGCUGCAAAUGAGGCAGCGCCCACAGUUGCUCCAAAGGCUGGUGACAAGCAAGGGGCCACCAACCCUAAAACCAAACAAAAAUCAGCUGAAACUAAAAUUCAACCCAAAGCCAAAAAUGCAUGGGUUUCUGGGUCCAACUCACGGCCCGGUACUGCCUCGCACAGCACGGGAAAUAACGUCAAAUCCUCUAACAGUGUUUCUUCAGCUGCAGCUAAGAAAACAGUAACGAAAGCAGCAGCAGCAGCAGCAGCAGCAGCAGCAGCAUCAGCAGCAGGAGCUGUACCUAAAAAACAUUUGGGCACAUCAGCAGUUUCCACCAAGAACCAAACUAGGGUGCCGGACAAGAAACUUAUUGGACCUACCAGGACUACCUCUGUUGCUGCUGCCACAGCAACAAAUAGUACCAAGCCCGUAACGGUGAAUGGCACUCCUAAGAAGAAACCAAUGGCUGAGACUGUUAAUGUAGCAAGACCCAAAACCACAGUUGCUGCCUGCAGGCCAGCAGUAUCUUCUGCACCCAAACCCAGUACUUCGACCACGACAAAAGCUGUCGGUGGAGCUGUUUCAAGGACUACAAGGCCUGCUACAGCUCCUUCAACAACACGACCUGCAUCCACAACAGCAAGGCCCACCACAGCUAUGACCAAGCCCUCAACCUCUGCAAACCCCAGGACAACUGCAUCAAGAGUUACACUUGCACCCUCUGCUGGCAGGACCACAGCAGCACAGCCUUCCAAACCCACUGCCACUGCUAAGAAAGAUGUUGGUGGAGCGUCUUCUGCUUCAGUGGCUAAGAAGCCUGCAACAGCUACACUGUCAACGGGUACCAAAAAACCUGAACCCUCUAAACCCACAGCCACGGUAAAGCUCAACUCUGCCUCCAAAAUGUCAGCAACCGCAAAGGCAGCAGACCCCAAGAAGUCACAAUCUAAAACCUCACAGCCUGCAAAAACUGCCACAAAACCGGUAGCUGCUGUUCGGUUCCCUGCUGUGAGCAAACCACCCCUUGGCCGAACCCCACCGGCCUCUCCAUUAAGCAGAACUGCAAAUGGCAGCACUUCUCAGUCGAAGCGUGGAACCAAACCCACUCAGGCUGUCCAACCUUUCACUGCUGUCAAGACAAAGAGUGCAAACGCUACCCAACGUGCUGUAGAAGCACGGAGUGCUGCCGUAGCUGCUGUAGCUGCCGUAGCAGUUGCUGCAGUCUCGGCUGCAGAGACGCAAGCAGAGGCUGAAGUGACUGUACCACAAGAAUCACCACGUGCUGCCUCUGCAGCAGAGGAGGUCCCUCCAGUCUCUGCACAGGAUCCCCCACCAGACGUCAUGCCUCAAGAGACUGUGCAAAGCCACACGGCUGCUCCCUCUCCCCCACAAAGCCCCAUCAGCACAGCCUCACCAGUAACCUCUCCACCCCAGCAUCAGCUAGAGAGCAGUGCUCCCUUGUCAACAGUAUCGCCUACAUCGUCUGUGGCCUCCCCUCAAGAAGAGCCUUUAUGUGAAGAGCAUGAUUACUUGCUGACAAAUCAAACUUCCUCCACAUCUAAAGCAGCAGCAAAUGUCAUCCCUCAGAUGGUUCCUCCCAUCAGUCUUAAUGAGGAUGAGGAUGAAGAGGAGAGGGAAGGAAGCCAGCUGAUAUCUGUGUCUGAAAUGAGUGGGACAACACAGCCUACAGAAGAGUCCCGACCUGGAUCAGCGGGACCAGUGGGAGGGUCUGCUUGGCGAGCUGGUGGCGCCUUGUUCUCUGAGCUGGACUCUGAGGAUGUAAGUGGCAGUCAGCAGGGGGCAUCUGAACUGAGCGCCCCUGGUGUCCUGGAGGGCACAGAGAGCAUGGAUGACCUGGGAGAAGGCAGUCUCAAAGGAGCCAUUGAUAUGGAAGGAGCCUCAGCAGGGUCUCCUGACUUUGAGAAGGUUCCUGAUAUACCAGUUAAUGACUUUGAGGAGGAGGAGGACGACGAUGACAAUGAUCGGGUAUGUGACAUGGAUGUGGGCUCAGAGCGAACAGACGACCUGCUGAGACCCAGGCAUGACAAUGACGUGGAUGAUGAGGAUGAUGAAGAUGUGGAGAUGGCUAGUGAGGGGGUGACGGAGAGUGGGCUGGAAAGCUAUGGAAAUGCAGACGAGGAUGACUUUGCGGAGGAUGAAAGGCUGGACAACUUGAACAGAGUGGCCCAGCCACCUCCUCCCCCUCCUCUGCUGCCUUCUGCACCAGCUGCUCAGUGGGACCAACCAAAUCCCUUUGCUGAUCCCUGGGAAGAAACUGUUCAGCCACUGCAGGUUCCUGAGCUCAUGGGUGAGGUGGCAGGAGCAGCGGCAGUGAGCCCUUCAGCCAACCCCUGGCAGGCAGACUCAGAGACCCCAACUCAGACCCCAGCCCAAGCUUGGCUAGAACUAAGCACCACUCCUUUUGUUGUUGAAAACCAAGACGUUGCCCAUCAUUCUUCUGUCAAAGGUCAGCCUCAAAAUCCAGAGGCCCAAUUGUACCUGGAUCAGUUUAGCCCUGCCCCAAUGCAGACCCUGCCCCUAGCUCCUCUUUCUGCCCCAGGAAUGUCCCUCUCUAGCACUGUGAGCAGUGAGACCAGCACACCUGAAGAACUAUGUGACUACAAUAGAGAAGAUAAACUGCAACCUCAAGAUGCACAUGCCACGGAGCCUUCUCCUCAGCCCGACCCAUGCAUCCACUCGGACAGAGGGGAAGAGGAUGGGGAGGAGGAGGCAGAGACCCUGCCAGCUGACGAGGUCUUAGGGGGUCCUGCAACUGCACCCACUUCCAACCCUUCCUCAUCUUCAGUAACGGAAGAUGAGGCCAGUGACACAGAGGGAGAAGCUCAGCUGGAUGAUUCUCUGGAGAGGCCAGCACUCUGCAACAUCACUUUCGACAGCCAACUUCCAGCACAGCAACGCUGUCUGUCCACCGUGGAAGAAGGAGAGGAGGCUGAGACGGAAGGGGGCGGCGCAGGUGGAGACGCCACCCCGCCUUCAGCUACCUCGUUGGCCUCUUACGGCUUUGACACCAUGACCACAGCUUCAAAUUCAAAUGCCCAUUCCACAGGAGAGAGCUGCAUCAAGAGCCCGGGCAUCUUCUCCCUGGAGGAGCUUCCUGAGGAGGCCAAGGAGCCCUGUCUGAUCCCACAGCCUCUCACCCAGUCAUCUGUCGCAGAGCACCAGUACAUCGAGUGUGGCAAACAGGAACCAGGGUCAGCUGAGCUUGAACAGGAGGAAGCACGGGGGUCAGAGGAAUCUCCGUCAAGUCUGUGCUCUCUGCAGAAACCAGAAGACAACCCAGAUGACAUCCAGCCUCCAUAUUAUUCUGCUAUCUGUGAAAAGACUGAGAACUCUUUUGCAGGCUUCACUGCACUGCCACACCCUCACCGCCGUGAUCACGUCGCGUAUCCCAGAAACUACUGCGACAUCGCCAAACCUCUCGGCACAUCCGUUACUCCGCCUAAGCUGACAUGUGCCGACCUCCCUCCGAGGAGCCCGGGGCAGCAGGCGCUCAGCCCCCAGCUCCGCAGGCUGGAGCAACACCAGAGGCAGCUGCUGGAGCUCCAGCAUCGCAGGGAGCAACAGAGCAGGCCGCUGGAGGAGGCGGAGCAGGAGAGAAAGAGGAGGGAGGAGGAGGAGCAGAGGAAGAAGAAGGAGGAAGCGGAGGAGGAAAUAAAAAGGAAUAAAGAGGAAGAGAGACAGGUGAGCGAGCAGGCAGAGAUCGCAAACAAGGAAGAGGAGGAGGAGGAGGAGCUGAAGCAGAGGAGAGACCUUGAACUACAACUGCAGCAGCAACAAGAGGAGCUGAAGCAGAGGCAGCAGAUCAUGCAGUGGCAGCAAGAGCUGCAACAGUCUAAUAAUAAAGGCCAGGCGGUGCUGUUGUCUCCCACCUCUGGCCUCUGCACCAUCUACGAAACCCUGGAGAACAGUGAUCCAGAGGACACAGAAGACGAAGAAGAGGAAAUGAAUAAGCUCAACUCCACUGAGGAGAAGAGGGAGCCCGAGGAGGAGACUUUAAAUGAAGAGUUGGAUGACAUCAGCGAAAGGGUCACACCAGAUAAAGAGAUAUGUCGAGACUCUUUGCCCUCAACCAAAACACCUUCUCCUCCCCCAGAUGCCCCGGACACACCGAGCUACCCCUCCCAGGAUAGAGAUUGCUCCUCCCCUUCUACUCCUGAGUCUCCAGAGCGGCCUUCACCCCUGGAACUGGACUGGGGGAAGAAGGUGGACAUAGUCCAGCAUCUGAUCAAUCAGACACUGCUGCUGAAUGGAGACGGCUGCUCCUCGCUGCUGCUGAUGCCAGGAGGUGCAGGGGGAACGCUGAGCCCCCUGGAGAGCAGCCUGUGGCCCAGUCUCCUGCCUCCACUCACCCCGCCUUCUGCCACCGUCACCUCUGUGAGUAGCUUCUCCCCAGAGGCGACUGGAAGUUCCCCACAAGGAGAGUGGACGGUGGUCGAGCUCGAGACGCAUCACUGAGGAGCUCGAGUAUGUGAUGGCAUCUCUGGUGCUGUUAAACACAAAACACUCACACAGGGAUGAUGAAAACGAACGUGGUCUAUACACACAGGUGUGUUGAAGUUCAAGACUAAAAGAGUCAAACACAGAGAGGGUUACAUCCACACUCGGCCCACAUUUAUCCUCUGCACACCACUGAGUGAAUAGGUUUUACUUGCCAAGUGAAGUUGAAUACAUUCCUGAACAACAACUUGCAUCCCAAUAUUCUUAAAAAUAUAAAAUACAUAACUUGUAUUUCAUUUUAAAACUUUUAAUUGCCAAGUAUUUCGGAGAAUACCAUUGUUGAGCUUUAAGAUCCCAGUUUGUAUCUUCAAGUAAACUUGUGAUGCUGGAGGUCAGUGGUCACUUAAAUCUGAGGGUGUUCAUAUUUUUGUCCUUCAGGCUUUGUCUAAAAUAAUUGAUUACUUUUUAACUGCUGAAUAAUAUACAUUCAUUUUAUGGAAUCAAGAGAAGAUGAGGUUUAAAACACUGGGAGUUUUAAACAAAUUAUGAAUGGUGCUGCAACAAAACCGCUUUCUUUCACAUGCGUGUGUUUAUUGAUGAGAAAGAAAGACAACAGACUGGAUUAUCUUCAGUGAACACUCUCGGGAAGUGCGUAUCCUGUAAUAUGAAAUGAUUAGUGUUGGGGUUUAAAAAGGCAUGUGAAGUUCCAGAAGCCAGGAAAUGUGUCCAUAGCAACAAGGGUUGAAUAUUUGCUCACAUUCGUUCGGCUAAUUGAUUUUAUUUCACACAUUUUGAUGCACUGGAUAGCUGAAUUAGGUAUGACAGAGGCAGUGACUCAUCUCUGAAUACAUUUACUUUUUGUCAGCGUUUUGAAAUGGUCAAAUUGUGAAGAAUUUCAGUUGGAAAACAUUGGUUGUUUACAAUUAAAUACCAGAGAAAUAUAAGACGGGAGAGAGAGACGCCGCUCGCUGAAAUACGGCACCUCUCUCGAUCGAUAUCCAACACCGCAGAAACAAACAUGAACGACUGUUAUUUCAGGUCCUUAAAUCCAUACACCUGAAACCCAAACCAUGUGAUUAUCAACAGAAUCCCAUGAUGCAUCACUGCAGCUGACCAAACAGUGUAACUGGACACUUUACUUUUUUUUUGACACCAUAUCUUUUUGACUGUUUUUGAUGACUUAUUUUUUUGUUGUUGUUCAUAACUAGCUGCUUAGAGCGUGACAAAGCAGCUCAUCACAAGGGCUGGGUAUUGAAUCAAAUCUUUCGAUAUGGCGUUGAUAUUAAUAUCUGGACCUCAGUACUGCUCUCUGAACUUAAUUUUUUCCAAUACCAGUUUCCAGUCAUGUAGUAGUCGAGUCCGGUCUCAAAGACUCGGUCUCGGACCACAGUGGGGGGAGAAGGACUCGUAAUUUCAGACCGAGUCCUCGAGACCAACGCAUUUUUUUAUGUUCAUGUUAUGUCCUAACUAUGAUUAAAAAAGUCCGGGUGGGCUUAACAUGUUGAUGACAGAGCAGCACUGUUGAAGCAGUUUAUAAAAAUAGGCAGAAGAUGAUGCAUGUGGUAGGGAUUUUUUUAAUGAUAGUAAAAGCAUAGUCCAUAUUAAGACGUUAAGACUGCUCCUCUAAACAAUUCCCAAUCUAGCUUAGUCUGUUGUUUAUUAACUCGGGUGAUACUAAAUCAUGAAUAUGAAAACUGACAUGUUUUUAUGGUCCUGGUCUCGACUCGGGUCUCGACUCAUAAAGGACUCGGUCUCGACUCGGACUUGCUUCCUCAAAGACUCGGUCUUGACUCGGACUCGGCCUAGGCGGUCUCGUCCCCAUCACUGCCAGUUUCAUUAAAUCAGUUCUAAGACAGGUAAAAUUAUACAUACUGGUACAAUUCUUUAGUUUUAGCUGGCCCCCUCACCUUAUGUUUGUUCUAGCACUUUAGUUAUUGAUCAAAUGAGCAGCGGCCUCUCAAAACACGACGCGUGUGUGUGUGCGUGCGCGCAAACUUUGGUAUCAAAUGGUGACAUUAUUUGAUACAAAGGAUCUGCGAUUUUGUAGUAGAUUUUUGAAGUUCAAUACCCAGCCCUUUUAUUUAUUACUUUAUUUAGAAAAUGAAAAUACACUGGAGAUUUCUUGCUACUGAAUGAUGAAAACACUGAUUAACAGAAGAUUGCACUUAAUCCAGAUUUAGGCUUGAAAACAAACCAUGGCUGGUUAUUUAUAUGGUUGUGUGUGUGUGU